GAAUGUUUAGUUUUUAAAAUUUUUUUUUAUUUAUAUUGCAUUUUUUUUUUAGUUUUAUAUAUGUAUAUAUAUAAAUUAAUAAAUUAAAAUAUGGAUCACCAAGAUAAUAUUUUAGAUAUAAAUAGAAAAGCACCAGAUUUAACAGCUAUGAUAAUUAAUAAGAUUUUGGUUUAUUGCUGGAACGAUAAAUAUUCAUUUUUUUCAUGGAAAGUUUCAUUGUGUUUAGUAUCUAAAAGAGUAUUCGAAAUGGUAUCAAUGUUGGCAACUCAUAUACAUUUAGUAUCAAAUGACCUAUCUUUACAUCUCUUAAAUAAAAGAAAUAUAUUCAAAUCAAUAACAUCAUUAACAACAUCUUUUAAAUUCCUCGAAGGAUUCGUCGACGAGUUUCAUUUCGACCUAUUAGAAAAGAAUAUAUUCCUAUUAAAAGAUAUUCCAGCAGAUCAGUUGGAAAAGAAAUUGGAUAAAAGUCCAUUAGAAGGUUUACAAAGCAUUAGUAUUAGAGGUCCACCUGCAUCCUAUGUCAAAAAAGAGAAAUUGGUAUUACAGUUAAUAACGUCACUAAACCCAACCCUUUUUAAACACUUUUCAAUGGUAUCACACAAAGGUACACUUUUAAAGAAUUUAUUUACAUUUUUAGAUAACUGUACAAAUAUCGAAUCAUUUGGUAUUGGUUUACCAAUGUCAGAAAAAAAGAAUACUGGUGUAUUUAACUAUUUAAAAAAGAAUGGAGGUAAUUUAAAAAGACUUCAACUUUGCUUCAAUUUCAAGACCCCACCAACCACUGAAGAGGCAUAUCAACUAAAUCAAAGCAUAUUUUCUGAAGAAUCUGGUAUAUCAUUUAGCUCAUUAGAAACAUUAGAGUUGGGUCACAAAAAACUUUUUGGUCAAGACUACGAUUCACAUGCAUUCGACUAUCCACUAGCAUCACCAGAAAUUCUUUUCAACUGUCUUAAUGAACGUAUGAGUAAAUUAACUACUCUUAUUUUCCACAAACCACCAAACCCAAAUCAAGAACUUAUAACAUUCCUCCAAUUACUCUGUCAAUAUUUAAACACAAAUGAAAGUCUUACCCAUCUUUAUUGCCCAGUCAAAAUUCCAACUGUAGAUAUUUUAAAGAUCAUAACAAGUAAAAAAUCAAUUAGGAACCUCUCAAUUGUUACAACAGCAAUGGUACAGUUUGAAAAUCCAAAUUUAGAAAGGUUAGAACUAUUACCAGAUUGUGAUUCAAGUAGAUUCUUUGAAAUGAAUUCAUCAUUACAAUUAAAAAAAAUUUCAGUUAGAGAUCAUAUAUGUUUCGAAAUCAUGAAGGACUUUUUAGAAAACAAUUUAAAGUUAGAAUCAUUAAGCGUAGCACUUAAAGGUAGAACCAAUUUCGAGGUUAGAGACAAUCCUUUCCUUUCAAUUCCAUCCGCAAAAAAUUUAAAGAAAAUAUCAAUAAAAUUCCCACAUUAUGAAAGAGGCGAUAUCCCAGAUGCAAUUUCACGUUUCUUAAGAUUUUGUAGCGAAAGUGAUUCCCUUCAAUAUAUCAAAUAUAAGCAAACCGAUUUUAAAUUAGAAGCAGUAAAUUCAUUUGAUUUUGUAUUUUAUAAUAAAAUCGAUAAAUCAUAUUAUUAUAGUAGAAGUUUACCAAAGAAUGAAAAAGGUUUACCAGUUAUCAAUACAGAUUUAAAGUCAUGGAGUGGCAUUGAUGAUCAGUAUGAUGUUUUUAGAAAAUAUGUAAUUAAAUCAAGAAAACUUUAUGACCAAUUAGUAGAGCUAUGUAAAAAUAGACCAGGAUAUUCAGCAUCCUAUAUUUUAAAAUAUACCAAACAAUGCUUAACAACAUUUACAAAAGAACAAUGGGAAAAUUCAGAUGAUCUUUUAAAAUUGGCUCAUUCUACAAUUUUAUCAAUAAUCGAUCAAGAUAUGUUUGCAAAUGAAUUGGUUAGAAAAGAACAUAUGAAUUUAGAUUUUUUAAAACAAACUGCAGAAUAUUUAUUUUAUGGAAAAGGGCCAACUGCCAAACCCCCAUCUAUUAAUGAUUUAAGAAAUAGUCAACUACAAAUACAGCAACAACAACAACAAGAUAAUAAUAACUAUAAUAACAAUAACAACAAUAAUAAUGAUAGUAAUAACAAUAAUGAUUUAAACCAAACCAAUAUAAAUGUAGAUAAUAAAGAAAAAAUAUUGAUUGGAUUAUAAAGAAAAAUAAAGUUUUUUCUUUUUUUAAUAUAUU